AAUCAACGAGAACACAUAGAAAUUUAUCGACAACAAAUUAUCGAUCAAAAUAUUAUUGGUAAUGGAUCAGGUGUCCAGAAAUUUAAUCAAGUACCAACAAGAAAAUCAACAACUGGAAAACGAAGUAGAACAGCAUAUUCAAGUGCUCAACUUAUUGAUUUGGAAAAAGAAUUUCUUCGUGGUCAGUAUCUUUGUCGACCUCGAAGAAUUGACAUGGCACAUGCAUUAAAUUUAACUGAACGACAAAUAAAAAUUUGGUUUCAAAAUCGUCGUAUGAAACAUAAAAAAGACAAUAGAACAACAAAAACAAUGAUAUUUUCAUCAUGUUCACCAUGUGAUUUAACAAAAGAAACAUGGCCAAUACAAGAACGUCAACAAAUUAAAGUUGAAUCUUCAUCAGCAUAUGAUUAUCAGUGUCAUACAGACACAUCACAAAAUUCAUCAACUUAUAAAAAUUAUUUAGAACGUCAAAGUUAUAUUAAUCAACAAGAUCAUCAUUCAGUUCACAAUGCAUUAAAUGCAUCAGAGCCAAUUAAUUCAUAUGAAAAUCGUGAUCAUUGGUCACAUCAUCAAUUGCAAGAUAAUUAUGUUCAACAAGAUGUUCAAAAUUCAUACUAUUAUGCAUAUCCAAGUGGAUAUCAACAGCAUCAUUGGAAUCAUAAUCAAUAUUCUCAUGCUGAUAAUUCAAUUGGGCAUCAUUCAGCUUUUACUCAAGAUAUUCAUCAUCAUUCAGCUGAAUGCCAAUGUUACAGCCACACAGAGCUACAAGCUAUCACAACGUUCAGAGCAUGUUGA